ACAUGCCCACACGCGAGAGGAGGGGUGACCUCCUCCUGCAUGCCCCCUGACACGCCUCCCUCCCUCGCUUGGUCGUCCCCGUCCACCCGCCAUGGCCCGUCCACGGCGGCCGGUACCCGGCGGCCUCGCCGCCCUCCUCCUCCUCUCCGCGGCGGUCGCCGUCGCGGUGGCCAAGACCGACCGGGCCGACGUGGAGGCGCUGAACGUGCUCUUCACCAGCAUGCACAAGCCGUCCAAGCUGGACAACUGGAAGGCAGACGGCGGCGACCCCUGCGACGACGACGACGGCUGGCGAGGGGUCGACUGCAGCGACAACUCCGUCACCAAAAUUGACCUCUCGGGGCUCGACCUCACCGGCAACCUCGGCUUCCAGCUGUCCAGCCUCAAAUCGGUAACCAAAUUCGAUGUGAGCGACAACAAGCUCAGCGGCGAGAUCCCCUACGCGCUCCCGCCCAACCUGGUUCAGCUAAAUCUGCAAGGGAAUGCGUUUACCGGCGGGAUUCCUUGGUCGGUAUCUCAGAUGUCUGAUCUGGAGACACUAAACGUCGGUAGCAAUCACUUAAACGGGCAGUUGACCGACAUGUUCUCGCAACUUCCAAAGCUCUCGAAAAUGGAUCUCUCUGACAACCGCUUGUCCGGUAACCUGCCCCAGAGUUUCCAGCACCUCACAGGCCUCAAGACGCUGAACUUGGAGAGCAACCAGUUCACUGGCGAUGUUGACGUUCUGGCCAAACUUUCUUCUCUGGAGGAUCUGAAUCUGCAGAACAACAAGUUCACCGGGUGGAUUCCAAGUAAACUGAAAAAAAUCGACAGCCUCAAGACUGGUGGGAACCAGUGGUCAUCCGGGUCGGCUCCUCCCGGCAUGGAGAAGGGGUCUUCGGCGGGAGCCUCAUCGAGCGAAGGGAGUGACGUCGGGAUCAACGGUUUCUUUAUCGGAGCAAUGGUCAUAGCUGUGCUCCUUGCAGCCGUUAUUCUCUUGUCAGUGUUGCAGAUGAAGCGAUCCUCUCCCGUCUCGUCUCAUUACUACAUGGACGAGUCAGGUCAGAACCGACAGUUUACGUUCCUUUCGACAAGAGCACGUCUACUGAUGCAACCACCAGUAGUAGUGUCUGCAGGUACUUGUACAUUUUGGCUUUGGGCAAUAAGGUUUCUUGUCUUCCGUUUUGCAGGCCAUUCUUCAAUAGUCAGCAUAAAGCCGCUGGAGAAAUCGACGUCGAUUGACAGUGUAACGCUGCCUUCUGUGCCUUACAAGACGAUGAACGACAACAAGUAUCAGAUAAUGCUAAACAAUUCUAGGCGGAUCUUGGAACCGAUCAGCCUGGUGACCUACUCGUCGUCGGAGCUACAAGCGGCCACUGGCAACUGGCACAGUAGCAGGAUAAUAGGCCAGGGAAUGGUCGGUCGGGUUUACAAGGCGAAAUAUGCCAACGGACAGGUGCUGGCUAUCAAGAAGUUUGAUCCGCUGAGCUUCUCGGAGAGAAGCGACUUUGUGGAGCUUGUCACCUGCAUUUCCAGGCUGCGCCAACCGAGCAUCUGUGAGAUUGUGGGCUACUGCGCGGAGCCCGGGCACUACAUCAUGGUGUAUGAGCACCAUAUGAACGGGUCCCUCUAUCAGUUCCUCCAUUUGUCAGACGAUUACAGCAAGCCUCUCACCUGGGAUACCCGCGUUCGGAUCGCUCUCGGUACAGCUCAGGCUCUGGAGUACCUGCAUGAGAUCUGCUCGCCUCCGAUCAUCCACAAGAACAUAAAGUCAUCCAAUGUCUUGCUCGACGCCGACCUCAACCCUCACCUCUCCGACUGCGGCCUCGCAUUCUUCUACGAGGAUCCAAACGAGAGCUUGGGGCCAGGGUACAGUCCCCCGGAGUGCACAAGGCCAUCGGGUUACACGAUGAAGAGCGACGUGUACAGCUAUGGUGUGGUCAUGCUCGAGCUAUUAACCGGCCGGAAGUCCUACGAUAGCUCAAAGCCGACAAAUGAGCAGUCCUUGGUCAAGUUUGUGACGCCGCAGCUCCACGACAGCGACGCCCUGGGAUCGGUGGCAGACCCGGCCCUGCGCGGCCUGUACCCGCCCAAGGCGCUGUCCCGCUUCGCCGACGUGAUCGCCCGCUGCGUCCAGUCUGACCCGCAGCUCCGGCCGCGCAUGUCGGAGGUGUCGCAGGAGCUCACCGGCUGCGUCCAGCGCAGCGCCAGCAGCAGGAGGGGCGGCUUCCUCUACAGCGCGUCGAUGCGCAGCGACGUCUCGGAUUGGUGAUGCCCGUCCAUCUGAACAUACUUACUAGAACAGCGUGUGAGGGUAAGCAACACUGGUUAAGCUAGACAAUGUAAAAAGUGAGUGUAUGUGAGUGUGGGUGCUACAUUUUUCUACUGUGGUGAAAUGAGUCAUGUUUGAAAAUGUGGUGAACAUGUAACUGCACUGAG